AUGGCGGAGAAAGCUUGCGUCAAGCGGCUUCAGAAGGAAUACAGGGCACUCUGCAAGGAACCAGUCUCCAACGUGGUUGCCCGUCCUUCCCCAAAUAACAUUCUUGAAUGGCAUUAUGUAUUGGAGGGAAGUGAAGGGACGCCUUUUGCAGGUGGAUAUUACUACGGAAAAAUCAAGUUUCCUCCUGAGUAUCCAUAUAAACCUCCUGGAAUUACCAUGAUCACUCCCAAUGGACGUUUCAUGACUCAGAAGAAAAUCUGCCUGUCAAUGAGUGACUUUCAUCCAGAAAGUUGGAAUCCAAUGUGGUCCGUAUCAAGCAUACUCACCGGGCUGCUUUCUUUCAUGAUGGACAACAGCCCCACGACAGGCAGUGUUAACAGUACCGUUGCUGAGAAGCAACGUCUGGCAGAGGCCUCUCUUGCUUUCAAUUGCAAGAACGCAACAUUUAGGAAGUUAUUUCCGGAGUAUGUUGAGAAGUACUACCUAGAGCAGCAGCAGCAGCAGCCUGGUGGGCAACCUGAUUCAGAUAUGGAACCGGAGAUUGCACAAGACGAGAACUCGAGGCCUAAGCCUGAAAAAGUGGACGGCCAUUUGGAAGAAGAUGCGAAAAGGGUAGAUGCAGCCAAGGAUGCAAGAAGAAACAAAAGAAAGCAGACAUUUCCUGCCUGGGUGGUGAUAUUGCUUGUUUCAAUCUUUGGGAUUGUAAUGGCACUGCCUCUGCUUCAGCUUUCACAUCCCUAG